AUGGUUCAGAUCUGCAAGAGAAUGCGAUGGAUACGAGGUUUUCCGCGUCGUGGUCAGUGGUUUGAUUUUCUGCCCUCUCUGGAGUCUCUGAUGGUCAGUUUACCACCUACCUAUCUGUGCCAUUUACCCGAGACAGCGAAGAAUGGCAGCAUACUUGACGUCAGGUGGCCAACGUCGGCCACCGUGCCGAGAAUCACUAAUCCGCAGGCAGGUUCAUCAACUUUACCAAGAUUUAGCCAAUUGGCCGACUACAGAAACUGGAUCGUGGUCGUAGGCGUGCUGGUUUCUGGUUUCUCUGCUCAGGUUACCCCGUCGGCCUUUUCGGCCAAGCCAAAAAGCAACCGAUAUGAUGCCAUGCCCGGGCCCGCGAGCGGGCUCGAAUUCCAGGCCGGGCCCGACUUGCGCUUCGCCAGCUCGCAGAGUGGGAAUACCGCAUGCACGGCACGCUCCUAUAUGAACCCGUGUGACCCUCUUCCCGUCGCAGAAUCGCAGCCACGCCCAGGAUAUGCAAGGCACGCCAAACUUCAGAGGCUAUUGAACUCUGUCCCCUUCUCCGUGGAUCAUCCAAUCAUUACUUUUGACACCCAUCUGUCAACUCAAUUGGGAAGAACAGAGUGGAUGGCUUUCUCAGGAGUGUUUCUCUGCCCACUUUCCGGAGGGGCGCAGCAGCCGCCAUUGAGACUAGCUCGGCUUUUUCUCCCGCGGCUUUCUCAAAUUCUGCUGCUCUUCUCCAUCGGCAUCCCUGGUGGCCUAGGCUGGCACAACUGGCUGGACCUUGCUGGAGUACUGCGGCUGUGGACAAAAGCUGUCCUUGUCUUGGCUUUCAUGCGGCAGCGUGUAACAAGCGACCAGUGGCCCUACCAGGCGAAACCUACCGUCUCCAGACGAAAUGGCAGAGAGAACUUUCAACAAAGUUACACCCGCCAGAACAGGGAAAGCAAGAAGCAAUGCCUCGUGGCGGAAUCGAACCGCCGAUCUUCUCAUGUCACUAGGUACUACUCGCGCACUCCGCUCGAGCUGCAGCGCAUCGCGACCUCAACGACUAGCCAAGAAGCAGGCGCGGCCGAGCGCGUUGCUCAAAGGCCCUUCGUACCGAGAGCUAUGUCGUAUAGUAUCAGCUUGUGUCGCCUAUUUUCCGUCAUCUUGGUUUCCUUCUCAUCCUUAGUCUUCGACUCGUCUCUGAGGCCCGCAAACUGCAGCCUCGAUAUUGACAUGUUGAUGAUGGCCCUUGCUUCAUGCUCGUCGAGUCGAGACCGAGUCCUCUUCUUUCAGCGGGCUGAGGCGACUAUCAAGCCUAUUAGCAAAGGUCCGGAUACUCCUAAAUCAGGUAUUGCUUAUCUGAGUCUCACCUUUUUCCAAUUGCCUGAAUCGGAUGGCAAUGAGACUGGCUCUUCUAGAAUUUUCCACGUUGGUCACAGUGGACUGGUAUUUGAAGGCAGCAUUCAGGAUUACCAAAUCCCUGGCGAAUCUAUCGGUUGCGUCGGUGUUUACAUGUCGGUUCGCGUACGUCACGUGGUGGCUACCCGUGGUGGCGGUAGGAGAGAGAGGGAUAUAGGUCUACUCGUGGCCAAUCCUGUCACCAACGGCAGCAGGCGCCUCACAGGCCUCCCCCAGUUCAGCACCGGGGGGGUGAACUCUUUUUGGUUCUUGCUUGAUAUCUUGACGUUUCAUCGGCUUGAGAGUCAAGGCAAAGACAAGAUUCAAGUCGAUAUGGUGCGGCCAAAGGGCGCAAUAAUGAGGGCAGAUUGGUGGCUGUCUCAGAAAGGCAGUGACCACCGCGAACGCAUUGAUAUGCUAUUGAUGGAGUUGUGGAUGGAUAGGUCCGUGUUCUGCAACAUUCAUACUGAAAAAGGCAGUGCAAGCGUCGCCAUCCAGAGACAUAUUCCCAGCAUCAACACGCACUUUCUUAGCCUCUUAAACCGGAUCUUUGGUCUUAGCAGCGUUGAUCUUGUGGACCUGUUUCACAGAAGGGACAAAAGCAUGGAGCAUUUCCUUUAUCAGCCUUCAUUUAACCUUGCUAUCCCCAUGCAUCCAAGCGUUGUUCAGAUCUUGAAAAGGUUCAAGAUAACAGAUUGCACGGUGGCAUGA